UUUCUCCCGAUCUCGCCGCCGCCGCCGCCGCCGCCGCCGCCGUUAGCAGAGCCCCACGCCUGAGCGUCGGCCAUGGCCAUCGGAUCCCUCAUCGCCUCGAGGCUGGCCGGGUCCGCCCGCCACGCCGUCGCCUCCGCCGUCUCUCAGUCUCAGGCGCCGGUGGCCCGUCACGCGGCGGCGUCUCCCCUGCUCUCCAGGCUCGGAGGAGUGGCCCGUGCGUUCAGCUCAAAGCCUGCCUCCGCGGAUGUUAUUGGGAUCGAUUUGGGAACCACGAACUCAUGUGUCUCCGUUAUGGAAGGAAAGACACCACGAGUGAUUGAGAAUGCGGAAGGUGCUAGGACAACACCCUCCAUUGUUGCCAAGAACAAGGACGGUGAUCUCUUGGUUGGCAUAACUGCGAGUCGGCAGGCAGUGACCAAUGCCCAGAACACGGUCCGUGGGUCAAAGCGCUUGAUUGGUAGAACCUUUGAUGACCCCCAGACUCAGAAGGAGAUGAAGAUGGUGCCUUACAAGAUUGUCAGGGGACCAAAUGGUGAUGCCUGGGUGGAGAUGGGUGGGCAGCAGUACUCCCCAAGUCAGAUUGGUGCAUUUGUUCUCACCAAGAUGAAGGAAACUGCAGAGGCUUACCUUGGCAAAACUGUCUCCAAGGCUGUUAUCACAGUCCCAGCUUAUUUCAAUGAUGCUCAGCGCCAGGCUACCAAGGAUGCUGGUAGAAUUGCUGGUCUAGAGGUGAUGAGGAUUAUCAAUGAACCCACGGCUGCAGCUCUGUCAUAUGGGAUGAACAACAAGGAGGGUCUGAUUGCUGUAUUUGACUUGGGUGGUGGCACAUUUGAUGUGUCGAUCCUUGAGAUUUCUAAUGGAGUUUUUGAGGUUAAGGCAACCAAUGGAGAUACUUUCCUUGGUGGUGAGGACUUUGAUGGUGCAUUGCUCGACUACCUGGUUAGUGAAUUUAAGAAGUCUGACAACAUUGAUCUGAGCAAGGAUAAGUUGGCAUUGCAAAGGCUCAGGGAAGCUGCAGAGAAGGCCAAGGUCGAGCUUUCCUCAACCAUGCAGACUGAAAUAAACCUCCCCUUUAUUACUGCUGAUGCCACCGGUGCAAAACACUUCAAUAUUACCUUGACCAGAUCAAAGUUUGAGUCUCUUGUGCAGAGUCUCAUUGAGAGAACUCGCAUCCCCUGUGUGAACUGCCUCAAGGAUGCAGGUGUAUCUGCAAAGGAGAUUGAUGAGGUUCUACUAGUUGGUGGUAUGACAAGGGUGCCAAAGGUCCAGGAUAUUGUUUCUCAGAUAUUCAACAAGACACCAAGCAAGGGUGUCAAUCCUGAUGAGGCUGUUGCCAUGGGAGCUGCCAUUCAGGGUGGCAUCUUGAGGGGUGAUGUGAAGGAGCUCCUGUUGCUGGAUGUCACUCCCCUCUCCCUUGGUAUUGAGACUCUUGGAGGCAUCUUCACAAGGCUAAUUAAUCGGAACACUACCAUUCCAACCAAGAAGAGUCAGGUCUUCUCCACUGCUGCAGACAACCAGACCCAGGUUGGAAUCAAGGUGCUCCAGGGUGAGAGGGAGAUGGCCACAGAUAACAAGCUUCUUGGGGAAUUCCAGCUUGAAGGUAUUCCACCAGCCCCAAGAGGCAUGCCUCAGAUUGAGGUCACAUUCGACAUUGAUGCCAAUGGUAUCGUCAAGGUUUCAGCCAAGGACAAGUCCACUGGCAAAGAGCAAGAAAUCACUAUCAAAUCUUCUGGUGGUUUGUCUGAAGAUGAUAUCGAGAAGAUGGUGAAGGAGGCUGAGCUACAUGCCCAGAAGGAUCAGGAAAAGAAGUCCUUGAUUGAUCUGAAGAACUCCGCAGACACCACAAUCUACAGCAUCGAGAAGAGUGUCAGCGAGUACAAGGACAAGGUUCCUGCUGAAGUCACCGCAGAGAUUGAGUCAGCUGUAUCGGAUCUAAGAGCAGCAAUGGCUGAGGACGAUUUGGAGAAGAUCAAGCAGAAGCUUGAAGCUGCAAACAAGGCAGUUUCAAAGAUUGGAGAGCACAUGCAAAAGGGUGGUGGCAGCGGUAGCGGCGACAGCAGCAGUGGUGGUGACCAGACUCCUGAGGCUGAAUAUCAGGAUGCCAAGGAAGCAAAGAUGUAGAAUUGAUCUACAUCAAGCUUCUUCCUUUUUUGUUCAUGUACCCAGUCUAGGAAAGUUGAUAUCUUUACCUACCCCUGGUUUCUUAUGUUUCUAAGAGGGUUACUAUACCUGUAGCUUUUUUGGGCGGAGUAUUGCUGAUAAAUUGUGAGCGGGAACAAACUCGUCGGUUAAUUGAGCCAUCCACGAAAUAUUAUAGUUUCGUCAGAUGUCCUGCUUG